AUGGCAUUGGUCCCCAUCAAGCAGUUGGACGGCCCCUGCGGCUACCUACGGUGGAAGGAAUCGGUGCUCCUCCGCGUCCACACCCUCGGCGUCGCCCGUGUGCUCUUCGAGGACCGCCCCACCGGCGACGGCGACGCCGGAUCCGGCGACGACUUCGCGGCGCAGGCGGCGGCCAAGAAAUGGGCACGCGACGACGCGGUGUGCCGCGGUCACAUCCUCGCCACGCUCUCCGACCGCCUGCUCCCGGACUACCAGCGCUUCGCCACCGCGGCGGACCUGUGGCGCGCCCUGGCGCGCACCUACCACGUGGACACGCCCCGCGUCUGGCGGGACAAGUUCGACGCGUUCGAGUUCGAGGAAGGCGCCGGGGGCGUGCUCCUGGAGCAGAUCGCGCACGCGGAGGCCCUGGGCUUCGCCGCGCGGCUCCCGGAUGGCUUCGUCGCCUACGAGCUCUGCAGGAGGCUCCCGGAGGUCGUCAGCGACGCCGUCGUCAUGCGUUCUGGUCCUGACAACGAGAUGACCAUGAGCUUGGUCUGGGACGUCGCCCGCCGUGUCGUGGCCAGUGGUGCAGGACCGGAACGUCUCUGGAGGACGACGACGGCAAUGGCUGACGAAGCGGAGGGCUGCUGCUCCGACGGUCCAAAGCCGGAGCAGAGCACGGGGCGCAGGAACCGUGGCGAGCCUGGACAUGUUGCCAAGAACUCCAGGCGAAGGGUUUGA